AUGCCUUCCUCCACCAUAGAUCAGAGUCAAUUCGACUCCAUCCCCGACUCCAUCGAGGCCUUCCGUAGAGGCGAGUUCCUCGUCGUGCUCGACGAUCCCUCCCGCGAAAACGAGGCCGACCUCAUCAUCGCCGCCGACUCCGUCACCACCGAGCAGAUGGCCUGGAUGGUCCGCCACUCCUCCGGCCUCAUCUGCGCCCCCAUCACCCACGCCCGCGCCGACGCCCUCGCCCUGCCGCCCAUGGUCCAGCACAGCCAGGACCCGCGCGGCACCGCCUACACAAUCUCCGUCGACGCCGCCGACCCCUCCGUCACCACCGGCAUCAGCGCCCACGACCGCGCCCUCGUGUGCCGCGUCCUGGCCGAUCCCGCAUCGACCGCCGCCAGCCUGCGUCGUCCCGGCCACGUCCUGCCCUUGCGCGCUGCCCUCGGCGGCAUCCGCGCCCGCAACGGCCAUACCGAGGCUGCCACCGAGUUCUGCCGCCUUGCUGGCAAGGCCGAGGCGGGUGUCAUCUGCGAGAUUGUCGACGACGGAGAGGAGGUUCCCGGCCAGGCGGUUCGCAAUGAGCCCGGCAUGUUGCGCGGCGAGGCCUGCAUCGACUUUGCCCGGAAAUGGGGCCUCAAGGUCUGCACCAUUGCGGAUCUGGUGGCUUAUGUCGAGAAGACGGAGGGCAAGCUCGCAACCAACGGAUCAAAUUGA